GGGAGCAAGGCUGCGGGACUGCAGAGGGCCCAGUGCAUGGGGGACCAGUGGCAAAGUUCGCUCCUCAACCACCACAGCUCGGAGGCCGGAGGCAGCCCACACCGGGGACGGGACUAUGGCGUCCUGGGCAUGCAGGGAAUGGUGUCUGGGAGCCGACAGGCCACGGACACCAGGUACCCAGAUGACGGGGAGCUGAGAUUUGAAGACCAACAAGAGGAGACCCUCCCAGAGGAGGUGACUGGGGAAGAAGCGCCCGGUCCCCGGAACCCCAAGGUGGCCCUCCCGCAGCUGGACAGGGUUCUGGAGAAAGACGCCGACGACGGCAUCCCUGAGAUGAGCCGGCUGUCCAUCACCCAGAGGUUCCCCAGCAACUCCUCCAUCAGAGCAAGGAAGAGGAGGAAGAGGGUCUUUGAGCUGGCAAAGCCCAAGACCAACUGGCAAGUCUUGAAAGACAGGAUGGGGUGCUGCUGUAAGGGCUAUGCCUGGGUGUCCCCAUGCAAGAGGAACUUGCAGUUCUGUGUCUACUGGCCUUCUGUGUACUGGACAGAGAGGUUUCUCGAAGACACCACCCUCACCAUCACAGUGCCAGAGGUGUCCCGCCGCGUGGAGGAACUGGCUCGACCUAAAAGGUUCUACUCGGAGUAUUACAACAACAACAGGACCGCCCCCGUUUGGCCUGUUCCUCGGUCUUCCCUGGAAUACCAAGCUUCCAGUCGCCUGAGGGAACUGGCUGCCCCGAGGGUCCGGAAUAACAUUUGGAGCAUAAACAUGUCUGAGCAGUCAGGCCUGCGUUGUGUCAGUCAUGGGGAAAGAAAGGAAGGAGGAAACGGAGGGUUCAGUGGGACAGAACAGGACAAACACCAAGAUGUCUCUGGUGUCCCAGGUAUCCAGGGCAGCCCAGAUGGCCAUGCCCAGCCCGAGGACCCUAUGGCUGGCAAAGCCCAGGUCCCCAGCCACCCUGUUGGAAGAGUGGGACCCCGUGCCCAAACCCAAGCCGCACGUGUCAGACUACAGUCGCCUCCUUCACUUGGCCAUGCCCAAGGCCCAGUCGAACCAGUGUGUUCCUGACCGAGAUCCACGCUGGGAGGUGCUGGACGUCACCAAGAAGGCAGUGGCCAGUCCCCGGAUCAUCUCCCUGGCCAAGCCCAAAGUGCGCAAGGACCUCAACGAGGGCUACGACCCCUACCACAUUUCCCCAGCGUCGCUGGUGGCUCGGGCAUCCCCUCGCCUGUAUGAGCUCGCCACCCCCAAGAACAUCACCAAAAAAGUGUGAGCGACCCAGGCCUGGCCUCUGAGAUCCCAUUCCCAGUAAACACCCAAGUGCAUCCUAACCCCGUGUGUGGUCGGCUCUGAGUGUUUGGGCCUAAAGGCGGGAGGGCAGGCUGGACGGCCAAAUGGAGGAAGAGAAGGAAAAUAAUAAUAUUUAUAUUUGCCUCCAACCUGCGAUAUGUAUGGCCCUGUUAUUUUCCAAAUCCCUCUCUCCUGCCCUUUC